GGUAGUAUAGUAUUGCAUAUAUUACCCGUAUACGUAUACCAUGUUUAGAAAUUGUUCCGGUGUUGGUGACUAGUUCUAUUCAGUAGUUUUGUGUUUAAUAAGAAUUAUGAGUACCGAGGCAACGAGAAAUCUUUUCUUUUACGAGUUAUGCAGGCUGUGCCUCGAGAAUGCCGGCGCCACUGAUGUAUUCGAGUCUGGAGAGUUCCUUGAUGACAUUUAUGCUUGCACAGGUGUAAAACUCACUCAUGCGGAUAACUUACCACACAAAGUGUGUAAAAAAUGUUUAGACAUAGUGAAAAGCUCUAAGGAGUUAAGAAUGCUUGCUACGAAGAAUAAUGCGCAUCUACACACUCUAUUUGGCGAUUCUGGUUCUGAUGCUGAAACUGUUAUCCUUGAGCCUAGUACUCGGACAACCCAGGACACUGCAUCUAAAGCAGGUUAUGAAACUUCAGAACUUCCUAUAAGCUCAAAAGAAAAAUUAAGUUUUCUCCUCCAAGAAGGCCAAGUAGAAAACAGCACUAAGGCUAUCCCUGUGAAUAGACAAACAAUAGCUUUGAGGAAAGAUCUUUUUCCCCCUUCACCUAAGUCCACUUCAAGUCCUUCUAAAGCAAAAGCUGCAGUAGAAAAUGAUACACCUGUAAAAUUAUUAAAAGUAAAAGUGGAAAGAGAAAAUCGAUGCGAACGGAUAAAGAUAGGAGAUAAUGAAACAGUAACAUUUUAUUGCAAUGAAUGCGACAAAGGCUUUGACAAACCCAAGAAACUAUACCUACACCGGAGGCUGCACAAUAAGAAAAUCGUCUGCCCCCUAGACACCUGCGGCAAAAAAUUCACCACCAAAGGCGAUAUGGAAAAGCAUACCCGGACACACACGGGGGAGAAACCGUUUAAGUGCAAACAGUGUAACAAGAGCUUCGCGCAGCGCGUAAGCUUAAGGCAGCAUGUGUCAAACUUACACAGCCCCAAUGAUAAAGAUGAUGAUUGUAUUGAAUUUUGAUUUCGGUCUAAAGAAAAGGCGCUUACUACAAGGAUUUUUGUAAAUCGACCCGCCUGUUGCGAUCUCUAUUGCACGCGCAUAAUUAUAUAGCUGUCCCGCCCAUGAUGCCGGCUAUCAAUGUCACGGUGCGAGCGUGAUAGUAAUAUAAUUAUGCGCGUGCAAUAGAGAUAGCAACAGGCGGGUCAAUGUACGAAAAUCCUUGUAGUAAGCGUCGUGGCUUUUUUCCGUUUAGGUGAUGAAUUCAAAAGUAAGUAAUAUAAAACUAUAUCACAUGAUCAAAAAUUGGGGAAUAAUUAGGAAAACAACUUGAAUAUACCUACUGAAUUACACAGAAAUGCACUUGUUUAUCCUCGUAAGUCCCCGUGUACUUGUACAAGUACAAAUUAAAUUCAAGUUUUGAACUUUACGAGGUUAUUAGAAAACACAAUCCCCUAAUGAAUGCGCCACAGCGCCACUGGACGGCGGCGCCCUCUUAAUGUGUAGUGUAGGUAUAAAGGAAUGUGAUGGGAAGUCCCCCUGUACUUGUACAAAUUAAAUUCGAGUUUUGAACUUUACGAGGUUAUUAGAAAACACAAUGCCCUAAUGAGGGCGGCGCCCUCUUAAUGUGUAGUGUAGGUAUAUAGGUAUGUGAUGGGAAGUCCCCCUGUACUUGUACAAAUUAAAUUCGAGUUUUGAACUUUACGAGGUUAUUAGAAAACACAAUGCCCUAAUGAGGGCGCCACUGGACGGCGGCGCCCUCUUAAUGUGUAGUGUAGGUAUAUAGGUAUGUGAUCGGAAGUCCCCGUGUACUUGUACAAAUUAAAUUCGAGUUUUGAACUUUACGAGGUUAUUAGAAAACACAAUGCCCUAAUGAGGGCGCCACUGGACGGCGGCGCCCUCUUAAUGUGUAGUGUAGGUAUAUAGGUUGCGGGACGACCUACACGCUUUUUGUAGAGACUGGCGGGAUCAUACACCAAACCACCAGUAGCGCCAAAAGACAAGUUAGACCAAGCUAACUCUGCAGCGAUCAAUAUAAAUGUUUUUGAACAUCAGUAUGUGAGAACACCACAGAAAAAGUAUUAACCCCUUUGGGCGGCCAAGAAAUAUUGAGUCAGUCUCGGUACAAAAAGUACUGAGGUUGACUGAAGUAGCAUGACAAAUACGAACGUUUCCGAGAAAAUACGAUGGAAAACAAUUAUGCACUACAUCUGUACCUAUGUUAAAAUUUUAUUGUUUUUUUUUUAAUGGAAAGCUUCAAAUAAGUAAACUAAAGGAUACGGAUACCUGUUUAAAAUAGGAAAAAAAUUGGGGGUAGUAUAGUUUAUUUUUUUUUUCGAAUGUACAAAAAGGGAAAAUAUUUAUUAAAGAAUUCUACGAUUUUGUGUCGUCUGACCUGGCGACAGUCAUACCGGCAGCUGCUAUUAUUUUCGCACUUGAGGCGCACAGCCUCGAGGCGGCCAGUUUUCAUAGUUAAAAAUGGCGGCCGCCGCAUGCGCUGUUGUCAGAGCGUCAAUUUCGAGGCUACUUGAAAUGAAAUGAAAUAUAAUAAAAUCAGGCAUCUACAUUAAAAUCAUAAAAAUGCGGAACACAAAAAUAAAGUUUCAUAAGAUUAGUAAGCCUAUACCGAUUAGUUGUAGUCAAGUUUCUGUAAAAUUAAAACCUUGGUCUCACUAAACUAGUAUGAUUAUUAUAAAACGUUUGACAAUUUCAUUUUUAAGGUUCAAUUCUAAAAAUAAGGUUUUUUUGUUUGAUUAGAUAAAUUAAUUUGCUCAAGCUUUGGAUACCCUUCUUAUUCGAUGUCUAAACUUCGCUAGGAAAAUUAUGGCCGGUGGUCGCUAGUCAGCUCACGGAAUGGCGGUGUUUUAUAAUAUGCUUAGGAAUUUCAUGAUCCGGCGGAUUUUACAAUCGGCCGCCAACAUGUCAAGUACGUUGUUAGUUUGGAAUGCCUGUAGUAUAGAUACGGAAACAACGCACAGCCGGGUGAAAACUCUUGGUUUAACCAUUUAUCUAUAACUUAAUUAUGUAUAUAUUUAACAGUGCAAUGCAAUGCAUAAUCUAAGUAUUUAUUUUUCAUCAGUGAGAGAGAGAGAGAGAGAUAAUUAUUUAUUUUAUUUAAGUUAGAUGAUUCAUUUGAAAACGAAUCUCAUUUUGCAAAAGUACAAUUUAAUUUGAACCUUAAUUUGGUUCGUAAUUCGGCAUAAUACGCGUAUAUGUUGUCAAUAAGAGGAUAUAAUAAGAUGGAGCGGUACUGUCAUAGCAAAGAUAGAUAUAACUCCGUAAUAGAUGGAUACAGUCUAAGGAAAAAACGUGCCUCGAAAAUCAAGAAAAUUUGAUUCUCGUUCAGAGGGCGCUACUAGUUUUGGCCUACAGUCGUAUAGAUGGCGU